CUGGCGCGUAGUUUUCGUACAAGCAGAUGAAUUAGAGAAGGUACGCAUCUAUCUAUUUAGCUGUGCGUAGCGUAUAUAAUACUUAAUCUUGGAUUUGUAUUAACGUUAACUAUUUAUUGGACUGGAGUGUUGCUAUGGGAAGUAUGGCUAACAUAGAGACGCUGAAGUGUGUGGUAGUGGGGGACGGGGCGGUGGGGAAGACGUGCCUACUGAUGUGCUACGCUACCGGACAGUUUCCGACUGUCUACGUCCCCACAGUCUUCGACAACUACGCAGUGAACAUAGUGGUGGGUGGCACGCCGUACAACCUGGGACUGUUCGACACGGCUGGACAGGAAGAUUAUGACCGUUUACGGCCGUUGGCGUACCCGAUGACGUCAGUGUUUUUGGUGUGUUUCUCGGUGGUGAACCCGACAUCCUUUGCGAACGUGCGGGAGAAAUGGAUCCCCGAGUUACGUCACUACCAACCGGACACGCCCAUUGUCCUAGUGGGAACUCAGAUUGACCGACGCGACGACCCGCGGACUUUGGAGGAACUGCAGCAGACCGGACAGCGCCCAGUCACCGCUGCGCAGGGGCAGAAGCUGGCGAAGGAGACAGGCGCGGAGUCUUACGCGGAGUGCUCCGCUCUCACUCAGCUGGGCAUCAAGAACGUCUUUGACGAGGCCAUCAUAGCAACCUUAUUUGCUCCUAAGAAGAAGAAAAGGAGCAGGCGUCGCAGGAAAUGCACCAUUUUCUAGGAUAUGUCAACAUUCUCGAAGAAAUGUGGUUAGACAUGUAUAUAUCAAUCGAUUCUAAACUGGACAUAUCCUUGCACGCGUUUUUUGUUGUCCUUGUUUUUUAUGUGAAAAAACAACACUUUACAGGGUUCUCCCCAGAAUUUUU